GGUAAACAGAUGCUGAACUUUCCUCUGCUCUUGUUGUAGAUUAAAGACAAUAAACCGGGUCAAAAACUGAGAUAAAAGUUGAUAUCUGAUCGGAGGAGUUGUUUUCCGGAUGGUACGAGUGUUCGGGGGUCGGAGCCGGACUCAGAUGAGGAGGAUUAACGCGGUGGACCAUCAAACACAUCACAGGCCAUCAUGUUGUUUCCAUGACGACAGGGCUGCAGUCUACCGUGUUACCAUCCUCUGAUAGGUCACCUGUCACCUGUCCGUCAGCAUGCAGCUGACCAUUCAGAAGCUCCCGGCUCAGCUGAGGCGGAGCUCCAAACUCAGGAAACUGACGGCCGUGCUGCUCGCCGCCUACGCUGUCAAGAAACUGAGCCCGUAUGUCUGGAGGAGGAUACAGACGGCUGCAGGAGGUAAACAGCUGGGCGGAGCUAACCUACCUGUGGGCGUGGCCAGUGCCACCUCCAGCUGUGUAGAAAAAAAUGGAGGGACCAAGAAGAAGAGAGACAGCAGGUCUCCCGCAGUGAACAGGGACUUUGUCCUCAGACUGUCUCGUCUGUUGAAGCUCUUGUUUCCACGGUUACUGUGUCCAGAGAUCGGCCUGCUGGUCCUCCACUCCCUCACCCUGAUGUCCAGAACCUUCCUGUCCAUCUACGUCGCUGCUCUGGACGGUGUGAUUGUCAGGUGCAUCGUGCAGAAAGACCCUCAGGCGUUCGUCCUGCAGCUCUCUAAGUGGCUCCUCGUUGCCGUCCCCGCCACCUUCAUCAACAGCGCCAUCCGGUUCCUGGAGGGUCAGCUGACCCUCAGAUUCAGAAGCCGAUUGGUCGACCACGCCUACCAGCUGUACUUCACCAACCAGACGUAUUACCGGGUCAGCAACAUGGACGGCCGUCUGUCCAAUCCCGAUCAGUCUCUCACCGAGGACAUCGUCAUGUUUUCAGCCUCCAUCGCUCACCUGUACUCCAACCUGACCAAACCCAUCCUGGACGUGGUCGUCACCUGCUACACGCUGCUGCGCACCGCCCACUCCAAAGGCGCAAACACCACGUUGCCCUCCGUCAUCGCCGGCCUGUCGGUGGCGUUCACAGCGAAAGUCCUGCGCUCCUGCUCGCCACGCUUCGGGAAGCUGGUGGCCGAGGAGGCGCGCAGGAAGGGAGACCUGAGGUACAUGCACUCACGCAUCAUCGCCAACUCCGAGGAGAUCGCCUUCUACGGAGGACACAAGGUGGAGAUGGCCCAGCUGCAGAGGAGCUACAGGUCGCUGUCGUCUCAGAUCCAUCAGAUCCUGCUGAAGCGUCUCUGGUACGUCAUGUUGGAACAGUUCCUCAUGAAGUACGUGUGGAGCGCGUCCGGCCUCGUCAUGGUCGCCGUGCCCAUCAUCACCGCCACGGGAUACUCCAAAUUUGACUCGGAGGAGGUGAAGCAGGCCGCCCUGGUGAUGAAGGAGGAGGAUCUCGUUAGCGAGAGGACGCAGGCCUUCACCACGGCGAGGAACCUCCUUAACGCCGCCGCUGAUGCCGUGGAGAGGAUCAUGAGCUCCUACAAGGAGGUAACAGAGCUGGCAGGUUACACCUCCCGUGUGUCUGAGAUGUUGGAUGUGUUUGAGGAUGUGAACGAGGGGAUCUACCGUCGCUCGGCAGACACAGAGGAGGAGCUGACAGGAGGAGGAGGAGGAGGAGGAGGAGGAGGAGGAGGAGGAGGAGGAGCUGGAGCUGCUGUGAUUCAGCACGGUCAGAGGGUCUGUGGUCCUCUGCAGAUCAGAGGACAUGUGAUCAGUGUGGAGAAGGGGAUUCGCUGUGAGAAUCUGCCAAUCAUCACACCCACUGGAGACGUGGUGGUUUCCUGUCUCAACAUCCAGGUGGAAGAGGGGAUGAAUGUGUUGAUCACAGGUCCAAACGGUUGUGGUAAAAGUUCUCUGUUCAGGAUCCUCAGUGGACUGUGGCCCGUCUAUGGAGGAGUGCUGUACCGCCCGGAGCCGCAGCACAUGUUCUAUAUACCUCAGAGGCCGUACAUGUCCGAGGGGACUCUGAGGGAUCAGGUGAUCUACCCGGACUCUGUGGAGGACAUGGUUCAGAGAGGAGUCACCGACUCGGUCCUGGAGGGGAUCCUGGGGACGGUCCACCUGCUCUACAUCCUGGACAGAGAGGGAGGCUGGGAGGCCGUCAGUGAUUGGAGGGACGUUCUUUCUGGAGGAGAGAAACAGAGGAUGGGGAUGGCUCGCAUGUUCUACCAUUGUCCUCGCUACGCCCUCCUUGAUGAAUGUACUAGCGCCGUCAGCAUCGACGUGGAGGGAAGCAUCUUCCAGGCGGCAAAGGAUGCUGGGAUAGCCCUGCUGUCAAUCACACACAGACCGUCCCUGUGGAAGUACCACUCUCACCUGUUGCAGUUUGAUGGAGAAGGAGGGUGGAGGUUCGAGCCCCUGGAUGCCUCCACCCGCCUCUCUCUGCAGGAGGAGAAGCAGCGUUUGGAGGAUCAGCUGUCAGGGAUUCCCAAGAUGCAACUGAGGCUGAGCGAGCUGUGUCUGCUGCUGGGGGAGAGAGAGGGGGAGGAGGCGGUGUGACACGCACACACACACUCAGAGUAUUAACGCCAGGUCCUUAUCGAUUCAGAGAAACUUGAUUUUUGAGCACGGCGUGGAUUCAUUGCUGACAUCUUUUGAUGACACUGUUACCAUGGUGAUUGACAAAUCAGAAAGAGAGCUGUUCUGUGAUGUCACUUCCUGUCAGACACACAGGGCUCGCUCUGUACAGUGAUGUCAUUAGUGAUGUCAUUAGUGAUGUCACACGUCCUCAUAUAGAAAUAUAUUUACACAUAUAUGAUACUAGAGAUUGUUUUAUUUGAAGAAUUUAUCAAAUUAUAAAUCAUGUUAAUAUUUAGUUUAUUUUAGGAACGUCUCCGUCUUCGCGUUCUGUUCUUUAAUCUUUAACAAUUUGAAGGAGUACUAGCUCAGACUAUCAGUGACCUCACUUCCUUUUCGUACACUCUGCAAACGUUGAAGCUCUGAUUUCCUACACUCUGUCCUGUCCCUGAACCUGUCACCUCAAACAGGUGUAACAUACAGAUGUCACACCUGCAAGAAAAACCUGGAGUGGUUUCCAUGGUUACAGCAGGAAGUUCUCACGGUUAAACAAGACCACUUAGUGUUACACACACACACACACACACACACACACACACACACGCACACAGGGUCUGGAGGGG